AUGACCGAUGAUUCAGGUGCAGAGACCACUGAAGUAGGUGAUUUGGCCCCUUUCGCUCGGGCGGAAUAUCUUCCCGAGCAGGAAACAAGCGCACCCAUGAAGCCGGAUUUAUUCGGUACAUGGGACGCUUGGGACGUGGUUAGAAGAGUUUGUAGAUACCAUGCUCGUCUUUUCGUAGCUCUUGCACUACCCAGGUAUCUCCCUUCCGCGCCGGUACAAUCGAGGUGGCUCUCUGAGCCGGUCCAUAUCCUCACUAUCGACGCCAAUACGUUUUUAAAGAACCAAAAGUCUUAUCCGGUUCUUUCCAGGGCGCACCAGGGGCUGAUUUCUCGUUUUAUGCGUCUUAAAACGCAGCCAUGGAUUAUACUAUGUGACGUGGGCGCUAUUCCUGACCCAUUCCAAGAGAAUACUGCCUCCCCAACUCCGUCAGAAGCAGCACAGCGAUCCGCUCCAAAUGGAAAGAGGAACCACGACCAAACUCCGCAUCUCUCCUACAUACGCAAUCUUCAAACAAAGCAGCCGUCCAGAACCCCUAUGGAGCGUUUUGGGGUAGGAUACCAGGAUUAUUUGCAAGCCCCCUUGCAGCCACUCACAGUAAACCUCGAAAGCGUGACGUAUGAGGUUUUCGAAAAGGAUCCGAUCAAGUACGAAUGGUAUGAGCGCGCCAUCGAAAAGGCUCUAAAGGACUGGGUAACCCAAGAGAAAAAGGCUUCUUGCCCAGAUGGUCGUAUUGUUAUAGCAGUGGUUGGCGCUGGCCGUGGGCCUUUAGUGACGAGAGCGAUUCGAGCAAGUGUGGAGGCGGGUGUCGAUAUUGAGAUUUGGGCUGUUGAAAAAAAUCAAAACGCAUUCCUUCAUCUUCAACGGCAAAACCAGACCGCGUGGGCAGACUGUGUAAACCUGGUCCAAUCUGAUAUGCGAAGCUGGAAAGGACCUUGUUGUGAGGCCGCACAGGACACGAACGUGCAAGAUAACUCAGGCCCCGGUGACGAUUCCGUCUCAUAUUACCCUGUUGAUAUCCUAGUCUCUGAGCUCCUUGGAUCUUUUGGAGACAACGAGUUAUCCCCGGAAUGUCUCGACGGUGUCACCCAUCUUCUGAAUUUAUCCCAUGGGAUCUCGAUUCCAGCUUCAUACACCGCACAUCUUACGCCCAUAUCCUCGCCCCGGCUUCAUGCGGACGUCACUGCGCAAAGUAUCUCGAACCCAGCAGCCCCUGAGACACCAUAUGUUGUCAUGCUUCACGCCUUUGAUUUUCUGUCCACGGUUCAAUCCACCUCAGGAACGGUCAGUCCAAAACCUUCAGCAAGCCAAACUUCUUCUUCAUCCUCAAACAAACUCCCAAAGACACCAACACCCCCGCCCACAUUAGAAAGACCAGCCCCAAUCGUUCAAACAGCAUGGUCCUUCUCGCACCCCAACAAUAAUAUACCACCACCUUCGAAGUCAUCGUCUGUUCUCUCAAACGAGCACAAUGUACGCCAAACACGGCUUACUUUCCCCUGUCGGGAGCGUGGUGUAUGUCACGGCCUAGGCGGAUACUUUGAAACCGUGCUGUACGAUGGUGUGGAAUUGUCUACAAACCCAGUGACCAUGGACGCAAAGAGCGAAGGGAUGAUAAGCUGGUUUCCAAUCUAUUUUCCGUUGAAGACACCCCUGCACGUCCCCGAGAACUCUGAGGUGGUUGUGACAAUGUACCGACAGACAGACAACAGGAGGGUGUGGUAUGAAUGGAUCGUGGAGGUUUUCGAAAUACGUGACAGCACGGGUUCGCUCGCUUCUCCUAGAACAAACGGAGCGAGGAGACACCGCGUCGCAAUGAGCGAUUUCCAUUCAAGUAUUAAAGAUGGAUGUUUAAUGUGA